ACUCAGCAUCCCCAUUUGCCAUUGGUCCCUUUCCUAUUUUUUGGCGCUACGCAAUACAGACUAAUUUUCUUUUUUGAUUUGAUUUGAUUUUUUUCGUUGCAAAUCGGUAUUUCUCGUUUACUUGAAUGCCUUCGCAUAUUACGCAAAAUCUCAAUGCAAAUGAGACAGCACUAUGUGGAGGAAUAGCCGGAGCGACGGCGAGAGUCGUGAUCGCGCCUUUGGAUGUCGUGAAAAUCCGGUUGCAGGUGCAGAAUCAACCAUACAGUCUAGGAAGCAUGCUCAGUAGACCAUCGACAAUGACCUCUGGCGUAAAGUAUACAGGAAUGUGGCAAGCAUUUCGGGUGAUUGCAACAGAAGAGGGUGUCCGAGGACUUUUCAAGGGCAACAUGUCAGCUGAAUAUUUGUACCUAUCUUACGGUAUCACGCAAUUUUAUGCUUAUCAUCAUUUGGACACCCUACUGGAUAAGUUUCAAAUGUCGUCCAUGAUCCGCGUAUUUGUCUCGGGUAUGCUUGCCGGAAGUAUUGCUACCACAAUUACCUAUCCUUUCGAUCUGUUACGUACUCGAUUUGCCAUGCAAGGCUCCGAGAAAACCUUGUACCACAGCGUCAGCCAUGCCUUACAUCAUAUUUAUCAUAGCGAGGGCCUAUCGGGAUUGUAUCGUGGUUUGAUGCCAUCGAUUACACAAAUCAUGCCAUAUAUGGGAUUGACAUUUUUAAGUUAUGAUAUGUUACGUUCCGGAGUUCAAUGGUUAAAGGACCAUCAUUACACAUCGAAUAGGUACGAUGUGUUCCACGACAUGGCUUGUGGAUCGUUAGCCAGUAUUAUCAGCAAAACCGGAGUGUUUCCAUUGGACGUGAUUCGUAAGCGACUGCAGUUGCAAGGACCUCACCGCACAGAUUACGUUGUGACCUCCAUUCCCUGUUAUGCACGACGUUCGAUAUUCGGGUGUGCAAAGGCAAUUGCACGGACGGAAGGGUUCCUGGCACUUUACAAAGGGCUGGCUCCUGGAUUGCUCAAGGUGGGCCCUGCAGGAGCUGUCAAUUUCCUGGUUUUCGAAUGGGCGAAAGCGUCAUGUCAGCGAAUCAAAGAAUCGGGUCUCCCUACGAUUUCUGAAAACACUUUAUGCAUUACAUAGAUCAUUUAUAUCAUCUGCAACUUUUCGCAUCCCAUCCUACAUAUCAUAUUCAUCUUUCAUCGGCAUGCAUUAUUUUUUUUUUU